GCGUCUCCGGCAAGCAGGGGGGUGGCCUCUGUUCCCUCUCCGCUCCCUCCUGGCUGUUGAGCUCCGAGAGCCUCCCUGGGCUGCUUGCCAGAGGCUGCCUGCCCUCCUCUUGUUCCCUGCAGCCACCGGAGAGGCCAGCGGAGCCCUUAGGAAGCCGUGCCGGGCUGCACACGCGUCGUGGGGAGACGGGGACAAGCGGCACUUCUCCGCAGCAAGAACCCAGGCUUGGGUUUGGCUCCCGGUGGCAUAAAACGCCGUCCACACCAUGCUGCUUUUUGUCCUUUAAACCAGCCGGUCUGCAGAGGUGACAGCAAGAGGGUGAGGUUAGCUCUUCGAACCGGGAUCGAACGCACCAGGUUUCGAGAUGCCGCAGUGUCUGUGCUGACUUUGCUGGCUUGUAGGAAUGAUGGGGAACUAAAGCCCACGACAGUGCUGUGGAGCCGCUGGCACUUCUGACACCUCAACUUCUUCAGUCACCUAAAAGCAAGCCAGUCCCAGGAUAAGGACAGCAGCAAGUGAUAUAAUGCGGAAACCAGGCCCUCAGAAAGCCAUAGACUGGAAAGAUGGUAAAAAGCACAAGCACAGCCGCCCAUCAGAGUCUCCCUCCCAGUACCAAGGUCACUUCACCUGGGAUAAAUACCUGAAGGAAACAUGUGCCAUCCCAGCUCCUGCGCAUUGCUUCAAGCAGUCAUACACUCCACCUGCAAAUGAAUUCAAGAUCAACAUGAAACUGGAAGCCCAGGACCCCAGGAACACCACCUCCACUUGCAUUGCUACAGUGGUGGGUCUGACAGGCGCACGCCUCCGCCUGCGCCUGGAUGGCAGCGACAACAAGAAUGAUUUCUGGCGGCUGGUGGACUCUGCUGAAAUCCAGCCCAUAGGGAACUGUGAGAAGAACGGAGGGAUGCUGCAGCCUCCGCUGGGCUUCCGGCUGAAUGCCUCCUCUUGGCCCAUGUUUCUUCUGAAGACUCUGAAUGGAGCAGAGAUGGCUCCUGUCCGGAUUUUUCACAAGGAACCACCAUCUCCAUCCCAAAACUUCUUCAAGACAGGUAUGAAGCUGGAGGCAGUGGACAGGAAGAACCCUCACUUCAUCUGCCCGGCCACCAUUGGGGAGGUGAGAGGUUCUGAGGUCCUCAUAACAUUUGAUGGCUGGAGAGGUGCCUUCGAUUACUGGUGCCGAUAUGAUUCCCGGGACAUCUUUCCCGUAGGCUGGUGCUCGCUGACUGGAGAUAAUCUGCAGCCCCCUGGAACAAAAGUUGUGAUUCCAAAGAGCCCUUUGCCUGCCUCCGAAGUAAACUCGGAGAAACCUAGCAUGCACAGUAGCACAAAGAGUGAUUUGGGGCAUCAACAAGGGCAAAGGCGUCGCAAAACAGGGAAGAAGUGUGGUCGAACGACCAAAACGCUAAUCCAUCACCCCAUGCCUACACCCUCCAAGUCAGUGGAGCCUUUGAAAUUCCCCAGAAAGAGAGGCCCCAAGCCUGGCAGUAAGAGGAAACCUAGGACAUUGCUGAACCCAGCACCCACCUCUCCAACAACCAGUACCCCAGAGCCAGACACAAGCACUGUGCCCCAGGACGCUGCUACAAUCCCCAGCUCUGCCAUGCAGGCUCCCACAGUUUGCAUUUACUUGAACAAGAACGGCAGCACUGGGCCCCACCUAGACAAGAAGAAAGUUCAGCAGCUGCCGGACCAUUUUGGACCAGCUCGAGCUUCUGUUGUCCUGCAGCAAGCAGUACAGGCCUGCAUUGAUUGCGCUUAUCAUCAGAAAACAGUCUUCUCCUUCUUAAAACAAGGCCACGGGGGAGAGGUCAUUUCAGCUGUGUUUGAUCGAGAACAGCACACGCUGAACCUGCCAGCAGUAAACAGUAUCACCUACGUCCUCCGCUUCCUGGAGAAGCUCUGCCACAAUCUCCGCAGUGACAACCUCUUUGGGAACCAGCCUUUCAGUCAGAACAGCCACAUGCAGCGCUCACACGAGUACGACCACGACAGGUAUCUACCAGACAGAAGCAGUUCGUUAGACGGCACUCUGCAGGGACCAGGCCGGGGUACAAAGCGAUAUUCCCAAGAUUCCCCUCCAUACAGUGCUCCUCUCUCCCCCAAGUUACCAAAGAAUGACCGUCACCCUUUGGAAGGUGAAACCUUUGUUCUGGGAGAUGGGCUCCUAGGGCCCUUGGAGCCUCGCCUGGACCCCAUGGACUCUGCCUUGAACUCUGUCAAUCCCUCCAGCCACAGCAGGAGCUCCAGAGACUAUCGCCUGCCGGGAUACAGGCACCUGCACCAGCCCUCUAGCCUCAGCCCGGGCAGCACCUCUGCCCUGCGCAGGCUUAGCUCUGGGGGUUCAGACAGAUACCUCGGCUCGCGAGACGUCUCCCGGCUCAGCAGCCGCGACCCUUCGUCCUGGACAGUGGAGGAGGUGAUGCAGUUCAUACGGGAAGCGGAUCCACAGCUGGGACCACACGCUGACCUCUUCCGAAAACACGAGAUCGACGGGAAGGCGCUGCUCCUGCUGCGGAGUGACAUGAUGAUGAAGUACAUGGGGCUGAAGCUGGGGCCAGCCCUGAAGCUCACUUACCACAUCGACAAGCUAAAGCAAGGCAAGUUCUGAGAGGGCACUCGGCAGGACGGAUCCUGGAAGCUCCGCUCCUGGCCAUCCAUACCCGCGCUUGCCUGCCAACAAGUACACAUGCACACACCCCAUUUACGCCGGAGACGGACACCUCGCCGACAGCCUGGCCCCACUGCCGGGCUCCGGCUGCCCCUCGCCCCUGCGCCAGCGGGCAAGCGGGAAGAGGCCAGCACACGUUUGGCCCAAAGGCUUCACAUGGGACUCAAGUCAUGGGCAACUGCUGGAAGCAGAGGGAUUCCUCCCUGUGGCCCAACUGGCGCUUUUCCACAGGCUCCCGGCUUUGCUUCCCCGGGAUGGAGCCAUGGCUCUGGGCAGAGCUCAUGGGCUCUGGGCGCUCGUGCUGGCUCCUCUCCUUGCGCUGUGGCUCAGGCACUCCUGGAGCGGAGGCCACACAGCCCUCCCGGGCUCAGGGCUGCCUGUGGGACAGGGGCUGCACUCGGCUCCCCUCCCCUCGCAGGGACUGGGGGUUGUAGGCUUUGCACUUCGCUGGGCAGCCGGGCUGCGAGGGGUCAGCGCCCCGACCCGCACUCAGUCCCCUUCACACCACGGUGAGCUCUGAGCAGCAACCGCUCCAUCCCCGUCUUCCACCCCGAGCCCGGGGCGCCCCCGAGCUCUGCCUGCCCUCGGCUCCCAGCGCUCCUCCGGCUGCGGACGAUGGAGCCUUCAUAUUUAUUUUGGACUGUGGGGGCUGCGCGGCCACGUACGGCGCUGCCUGGAGCAUGGAGUGAACAGUGGGAGAGCUGAGAAGCGUGGCUGGGUCUGGCGAACCCAGGGCAAGGCUGGGCCUGGGUCUGAUCCUUCUCUCGGGUUUCUUUUGAGGAUUUAGGGCUUUUUGAUUAUUUUUUUUAUAAGGAGUUGUCUGUUCAAAUGCUGAAAUGAUUUUUCUACCAGUUGUGGAACUCGCAGCUCUUGGAGGUUUUUAGCCAGAGGUGCAGGGUUCAUCUUCCCAGGGCCCCACUGGGUCCUCUGGUGGUUGCUCCGUCCAGCUCCGCCGGUGCCGGAGAUGCUGGGAGGAUCCCGGUGAGGUGCCUGUCCUUGCGCUGCUCUUCCCGCAAGGGCUUUGCCUGGUGUGGGGGCACCUGGUUCUUACGGAUAGUCCUGUGUAUUUAUUUUUGAUGGCACUUGAGUGGUGACCCAAUGACCGAGAUGCGUCCCCGCUGCAGCGAGAGGAGCAGAAGGUGCCCAGCGCUGCCAGGGGGGACGGGGGCUGUGUGACCCCAAAGCAUCCGUACCCCGGGCUGGGGAAGGGCCAUCGGGAGCAACACAGGCUGCCCCCACGCAUGCGCCCACCACACGCUCCCCCACUCCCACUGCAGCGAGCAAAGGGCUGGGCAGGGAUCUCCCCUGCGAGCACUUCUUCCUUCUCCUGCCUUCCCCUCACCCUCCGCACAUCCAGAGCCACAUCCAGAGCCACCUCCAGCGCCCUCAUCCCUGCCAGCCCCGAGGGCCCCGCCUGGGCCCACGCUGAGCAGCUCCCAGUCUCUGCACUGGGUCAGGUUUUACCCCUAAGGGGAAAAGAUGAAAAACUUAAAAAUACCCCAAAGCCCCAAAGGAACAGAGAGGCUUUUGUUGUACAGAGACGCCUGCGCUGAGGGAGGGGGGCUCUGGCCGCUCGCAGCUCCCAGCCUCAGCUCCGGGACGCCCCUUGGUUUCACCCGGCGCUGAUCCCGCUGCAGACGGGUCCCCGCGCGCGGUCAGCCCGUGCUUUCCUCUGCACUUAUUUUACGUUGAUUUGUUUAUAAAUAAAAGGAUAACUACGUUC